AUGGGCGGCGCCAUUCCUUUCCUUUCCGAGCAGGCCCUUGCGCGAUGUAGCAACUAUGACGACCAAUCGACCGCCGUGAGCAUCUACACAGCGUACUGCUCUGCCAAGGGCUAUACCGAGGUUGUUUCCCCUUCAGUCGACGAGGUCCACGACAAGCGGCGCGACCGACGGGGGUUCGAGGACCACGCAGUCGACUUCCACGACGACGCCUCCAGACAUCCCGACAAACUCGAGCUCGCCGUCGCCGAGUGA